AUGGCUGAACCGUCGAAGUAUGCAGCGUGUGAACCCGCGAAAGCAUCAGCGGGUACACCCGCGGGAAUACCGGCAGGCCGCGGAGCCGGACGGGGUGUUGGGAGAGGAGCAGCGGCAGAUACGCUCGCCGGACGGGGUCGAGGCAGCGCGGGCAUCGGACGUGGCGACGCCAAGACUGUCGGCCGAGGGGUGCCAUCAUCGGGAGCCGCCCGGGGGAACCUCGCGAACGGCCAGGCGGAACCCGCGCGGCAGAUCGGCGCACCGCAUGUGUUUCCGCGCAUGGGGCGCGGGGACAUCCGGCGCGCGUACACGCUCGGGCGGGAGCUGGGUAAAGGCGGAGGCGGCGUGGUGCGCGAGUGCCUGGACCCGCUGACUGGCCAGCCCGUGGCUGCCUGCAAGACCAUUCCCAAGACAAAGCUCCAGACCUAUCACUGCAAUCCUUAUUCCUCUGCGACCCAUCCCACACACCCCGCAGUCUCACACACCAAUUACGCCCAACUUCUCAUCCCCUCCCCCCAACUUCCUUACCCCGUCCCUAACCUCCCCCAAUUCCCCCAAUCCCGCCUCCUUUCCCCAAUCCCCCCUAUUCCUCUUCCUUCCCCCGAUUCUUCCCCCUCCCCGCAGCGCCCGGACCUGGUGGAGGAGCUGCGCGCGGAGGUGGCGGCGAUGCGGCGGCUGGCGGGGCACGCGCACGUGGUGCGGCUGCUGGCGGUGUACGAGGACGACCACGCCGUGCACGUGGUCAUGGAGCUCUGCACAGGUGGCGACUUAUACGACCUGCUCACGGCUGCCACCACGCUUCCGGAACCCAUCGCCGCGCAGCUAACGAGUCAAAUCCUGAAGGCGCUGAGUCACUGCCAUCGCAACGGCAUCCUUCAUCGCGAUAUCAAGCCAGAGAAUAUCUUAUUAGCGAACCCGGUAACGGUACAAGACGGGCAGGUCGCAAUCAUUGACGCAGCUGUACCCGCUACAGGAGCAGCGGCGAAAACGGGAGAAGAAUCGGUUUCUACAGUACCAGCAGCUGAUUCUUACGCGGAAGAUGAGAUUAUGCAAGAUGUGACUGUAAGCGGCGGGCCUGUCAGUAGCACUGUAGCGUGUGCAGGUGGCGGGUUCGGUGACUCGCCCAGCCCAUCUACAAGCACAUUCAGUACGAGUGUAAUGAGCAGUACACCCAGUAGCAUGUUAAUGUCAUCUGGUAGCGCCAGCACUGCCAGCAGCAGCUUUGGGGCUAGGGGGGGGAUGCUGUCGGAAGGGGGGCGCGGAGCAGGGGAGGGGGACGGGGAAGAGGACGGGGAGAGGGCGGAAGGCGCGGGGAGCACCCUGCAUGUCAAGCUUGCGGAUUUCGGGCUGUCUGUUAUGCUUAAAACAGGGCAGCUUGCAGUGGGUAUGCAUGGGAGCAACGUGUACAUGGCUCCAGAAGUGGUGUGCAGGAAACCGUACGGUUUAGCUAUUGAUUUAUGGGGUCUUGGAGUUAUCCUCUUUACAGCACUCUCCGGUUACAUGCCCUUUUGGGGUAACACGGAUGAAGAGCUUUUUGUCCGUAUCCUGCGCGGCCGCCCGGAUUAUGCCAGCGAUCCGUGGCCGUCGAUCAGCGCAGAGGCGAAGGAUCUGGUCCAUCGGUUGCUCACAAUAGAUCCGCCGCGCCGGAUCAAUGCUGACGUGGCGCUGCAGCAUCCGUGGAUCUUGAAGCAUUGCGGUGCAUCUGCACCGUCCAUUCCAGCAUCUCUCGGCGAGCCUGCUGGCGUCAAUCCCAAGGCAUCUUCUCACUCAGCUCUUGCUGCUGGGAACAACUGUACCUCUAUGGAUGUCCCAUCAUCUGGGGAUUCUGCUUCGAUUGCAGCUUCGUCUCCUGCUCAUUCUGCUGCUGCUGGUAUUUCCGUGUCAGUGGCUGCUGCUCCUGCUGCUGCCUCUGCUGCUGCCGCUCCUGCUGGUGCUGCUGGAGCUGCUGCUGGUGUUGCUGAUCUUUCAGCAGCAGCUGCUCCUGCCUCUCGCAGAGCACCAUCACCCAUUCGCCGCCAGCCCUCACCCAUCCCUGCUGGUGGUGCCUGUAGAAAAGGAGUUGGUUCCAAUGAUGUGCGGAUGCAGUCGGACACCAAGGAUCACAAGCAGCAGGAGCAGCAGGAGCAGCAACAGCAGCAGCAGAGGCGGAAGCACGAGUCAAAGCCUUCCCCCGCACAUUCUCCCACCAUCUCCUCCGUUUCCUCCGCUGCCUCCUGCCCCACGCCCUUCACUCUCCCCCACUCCGCCGCCCUGCCCACUCCCCAUUCCCAUCAUCCCGCUGCUCCUCUGCCUGCCACUGCUACUGGUGUUUCUCUGGGCGUACCUGUGGGUGCCGUCUCGUUUCCAUCACCCAUCGCUGCUGUGACCCAUUCAGAGGGCAUUACUAGUGUUGCUCACCCAGCAGUCUUCACUGCUAUGCCUCACCCACCAGUCACAGCCUUCAAUGCUACUUCCCUCCCAGUUGCCAUCACCGUCCGCCCUUCAUUUGUCAAGCCCAUGCCUCCGCCUUCCCAGCUCGCUUCGACCGCUCCUCCUCCAGCAGCUUCAGCCGCUGCUCACAUUUCUGCUUUGGCAGCAGCUUCGGCGACAGGUUCGGAACCAGCUUCGGCAGGUGCGUCAGCCUUGGCAGCGUUCGUGCCUGCGGUGGUCGGUGGUAGCGCGGGGGUCACAGACGCUGUUGCGGCUUCGGCAGCUGUCUCUGCAGAGCAACCGGCUGCCAUGUCUGUUGAUCAUCCGUUUUCCGUCCCCUUGCCAGCAGCAGCUCCAAUCUCUCAUACGCCCACCCCACCUGCGCCUACUGCACCUGCUCCUACCCCACAUGCACCUACCCCACAUGAGCCUACCCCACAUGUGCUUACCUCACAUGCACCUACCCCACAUGAUUCCACCUCCACCGGUCCUACUUCUGGGGCUGAAGCCGCUAUCGAGCCUCUGAAGCGGGCCUGUAGAGCGCACAAGGGCCGCACGGGGGUGUUACGAGUGUCAUCUGGCAGGAGAAGGGACGGUGCCCAUGCUUCAGCUGCCCCGGCCCCCUCUGCUCCUGCUCCUAGUACCGCCGUCACUGGUGCUGCUGCUGCUGCUGGUGCUGCAUGUGCUGCUGCUGGUGCCUCUGGCGGUGCUGGUGGCAGUGGUGGGUCCUUCGGUUCUGCCAGUGGUGCUAUGGCUAGUGCCACAAGCAAGCUCGCUUCUCUCUUCUCCCUGGGUGCUGCUCCGGCAGCCAAGGCUCGGAAGAAUGCUGCCGGAGCUGGCGUGUCAGGUUCGGGAGUGCCAGGUUCGGGAACGUCUGCGUUGUUCCGAGCCAGGCCGUCGGGCCUAAGCAGCCCGUUCACGUUCUUCUCUCCCAAGAGGAAGAUCCGAAAGUCGCAAGUGGUUGUGAACAGUGCCGCGGCUGCGGGGAAAGCAGUGGCGGCGGGCGGUGUAAGUGGGAGAACAGAUAUGGCCGUGGAUGGGACUGGUGGGCAGGAGGAGGAAGAGGAGGAUGAGGAGGAGGAAGAGGAGGAGGUGGAGGAGGGAGAGGGUGAGGGAGAGCAGGAGCAGCAGAAGGGUGAGCUGGGAAGCAGAGCAGGUUUGGCUGGGUACAAUAGUGCAGUGCUGAGUGCAGCAGCUGCUGCUGUGCUGCAUACUCAUUUGAAUGGCCAGGAUGAAAAGCAGCAGCAGGAGAAUCACCAAUCGCACCCUCACCAGCCGUGGCAGAGGAACGGGAUGAUCGGCAGCCUCGGCAGCACCGGAGCUGCGAGCAGCGUUGGCACCAUAGCAGAGUUCCGGGCUCGGCUGUCCCCGGCAGUCACUCUUGACAGAACCGCCGCUCCCGAGCCUGUGGCGGUGUAUUCAAGCACAGGAGGCGUGCUGCCAGCUGUCAGCGCAGCAUUGGGUGGAGGGCAUGCAGGAGAGAAUGUGAUGGGGAGAGGAGGGAUGGAAGUGGAUGGAGGGACAUGCGAGGGGGGCAUGUCAGAUGUUGUGUCGGCCUUUUCGAUUCUCCGGACUAACUCUAUACAUGGAGCUUCUGCUGCACUAUCAGCAGAAGCACCGCAAGCAGGAAGAGAGGCCACUGGUGUAGCCACAGCUAGUCGCAAGCCAAAGGCGCUUGCAGGUUCGCAUCUCGCGGGGGCUGCAAGAGAUACCAGGAGUUUGCUUGGGAGCCAUAGUGCGUCAGGGAGGUUCAAGCAUCUCUUCUCAGGACGCUAA